AUGGCUCCCUCAUAUCCGACCUGUUUUCUUCUCCUUCUCUCAUUUUGGGCGCUGAGAGCGCUGGCGCAAGCCCCGGCCGACCCUCUCAAGGACUUCUGCAGGCGGUAUGGACACCAGACAGCGAUCAUUGACAGGAAGCUAUACAUCGACGGCGGUUGGUUGUAUGCCAACCCAAUUUCGCGCAACCCGACUCCUGUUAUCAAUCGAGGAUUGCUUUACAAUGAUCUGGACGAGAUCAGCGACGGCAUGCCGAAACAACAUGCCAAUCUCACCAAGAAUAGCUCUGUCCCGGCUGUGGCUGGAGGAACAUUGUGGGAAGACGAAGUCAACAAAGUAUUCUGGUUGUAUGGAGGUGAAUUCCAGUCAGCACCUUCUCCAUUCGAACUCUGGGGUUACGAUGUGAUUUUGAAUCAGUGGAAUCUCUCGGACGCUGGCACCGCUGCGACUUCACCCAUACAGAGAGUGUCUUAUGGCGCAGGGGUCUCUGUCAACGACAUUGGCAGAGGGUACUAUUAUGGUGGUUACCUCAACAACCUAACAAACCCUUUGUGGAACGGGCCCCAGAUUGCAACUAGCAACCUGAUCAUAUUCGAUAUGGAAGACCACAAGCUUACGAAUAACACGGGUUAUGACAAUAUGGGCAGGGCUGAGGGAACUAUGGUGUACAUUCCUGCUUCGGGGGCUGGGCUACUCGUAUACUUUGGGGGUGUGACCUUCCCAUAUGGAAACGAGACCGCAGUAGCGGCACCAUUAGACACUAUUCUUAUCUACGACAUUGGCGAUGCCAGCUGGCAUUCGCAAGCCGCAACAGGAGAAAUUCCUGAACAGCGACGCAAGUUCUGUGGUGGCGCAACCUGGGCGCAGGACAGAUCCUCGUACCAGGUAUACAUCUAUGGCGGAUUUGGCUUUGCAGAGAAUGCAACGGGGUUUGAUGACGUAUACGUGCUCACGAUGCCGGCUUUCGAAUGGGUCAAAUGGUACCCUGAGAAGCCUGGCCCAGGAGCACCGCACGGUUUGUUGACUUGCAAUGUUAUCGAGAAUUCGCAGAUGAUGGUCAUGGGAGGGAACUUUACCAAUACCACCGAGUGCGAUGUCCCGAAAAUUCAAGGCCAGCACAAUCUGAAUCUGGGUCAGUACAACAGGGACAAUGCAAAAUGGUUUCAAUACCUGCCAAAUGUGACCGAGUAUCUGGUGCCACCCGAGAUCCUGCAAAUAACAGGUGGCUCACCUCGAGGUGGAGCUACUAAGAAGUCGCCAUCAAAUGGAUGGGACGACAACCGAGUGGCGACGUAUUUCGGUCAAUUGGCACCGAACUCGUCUCGCACUCCCACACGGGCGAUACCGACUCAGACUGCUAUACCUGUUGUUCCCGUUACCCCACCUAGUAAGAAGCGCAACAUUGGAGCAAUCGUUGGUGGCGCCGUUGGCGGUGUCGCUGUCCUAGCUUUCGCGGCUGGAUUAAUAUUCUUCUUUCUUCGCAGACGCAGGAGCAACCAGCAACCUCAGCCGACCCCAGUACCGACAGCUACAGACUAUUCGAGCGUGCAGUCACCCAUAUCCAAGUACGCGACCGAAUCGAAGUUCACCGUCGUGGAUCCUAACUACACCACCCCCGUCCUCUCCCCCAACCUCUCGAGCCACUCUCCCGUCCACUCGAAUGCACACUCCCAACCUUACUCGACUCCACCUCCAGUGCAAACCACCCAGCCCAUGUAUCAUCCUGCGCACGCCCCAGAGCCAAUCGAGUAUUAUCCUCCUCCAGACGGUAGCAGGCCGAAUCUCGCUCACCUAGGUAGUUCGGAGAUGCCAACGAUCAGAAGUCCACCAUAG